GAUUAUUAUGAAAGUGGAAGUUAUAAGGGUAGUAAUGAAUGUCUUAUAACACUUCGACUGAAAGUGACAAUAAUAAAGACAAUUAAAUAAUACUUGCUAAAUUGUGUUUUGGAACUUAAAAUUUUAAUAUUCUAUGCAUCAAGAUGUCCAGGAAUGAUUGGGAUUAUAAAUUGUUUCAUCGAUAUCGUCUAUGAUUUCAAAGAGAAUUCAAUUUGCAGUUAGAAGCUUAGCCUAAACAAAAUCAAUACAUUUUCAGCUUCGGAAUACGUCGAUAAAUAACGUUGCUGCAAACCCUUAAUAAUAUUUCACGCAACCCUCUGGAAUAUUUAGAAAUCCCCUAUUAUUCCCCGGAAAACUUCUGAGACGGCCUGAGAACCUCCGAAACUUUUUCUUUUCUUUAACAUUUUAUUUAUUCGUGAAUUUUAACUAGAACUAGUUAUACAUCCUCUGAUAUCCCAGGAGCGCCUAAAACGCCUCAACCUUUCUUCACUCCACAACUUCUCUGAAAAAAAUUGGAAACUCCCUCUGAAAAAAUUGGAAAUUGAAAUUGAUGAUACAUAAUUUUGAAACCUCCUUAAAACCCCCUGAGGCUGCUGAAAAUCCCCAAAUACCUCCUGAGACCUUUGAACGCACCUAAAGCCCCUUGAUUCUCUGGAAUGAUAUAUCCUUAACGCUUGAGCGAUCGUGCUGUUGUUAAUGUACAACACGUUGAAAAAAAUCUCACUUUUUGUACCCCGCAUAAGCGUGGUGCUGGCGAUGGUGGCUAACCGCGCGACUGUCGGAAGGUUAAAUGAAAAGCGCCCAUGAGCCUCCCUCCCUCCUCCAAACUCAUCUAAAACCACCUAUGGCCACUUCUUGAAAUAACCCGGAACUUAUCUUUCUCCUCUUUUGGGGUCGUCCAUAAAUGGCGUAGCAUUUUAGGGGGAAGUAGGGAGUUUCCGAUUAUGCUGCGAGCCAUGUAUAAGACAUGGGAAAAAAGACUACAAGGAGGGUGUUGCGACGGUAUCGCGUGUAUUUGAGUGAAACUGGCAACUGUCCUAUCCAAUAGGAAUUAAUUGAAUGUGAAUGUACAUAUUAGAAUUGUAAGGAGAUUUAGUGUUAAGUUGAGCGUUGAGUGGAAGAGUUCGUUAGUGAUUAAGAAACUAUCAUCAUUGAAGCUGCCGUAAUCAAACGCUGCUCUCGAUAUGUGUUUCCCUAAUCCCGAAGAAACUCGCGCCAACAAACUUCAAUGAUGAUAAAUCAUCAACACAAAGAAGUCGGUAUGGCUACCCGACUGGACGCCCUCAAGCAGCAACUCGAAGAGUUCGAAGUCCGGAGAGCGCUUUGGCGCAAACAGUGCCAGGAUGAAGAAAGGCGCAGGGCACUGGAGUUCGAGCGCGAACUUGCGCAGAUGGAUAAAAAGUUCUCCGAUGCGAUGGAGAAAAUUGAAUUGGAGUACGCGGCAAAGAAAGAGGCACUAAUGUGUAGAUAUAGUGGGAAAAGUGUCCGAAAUGAAUCGACAACAACUAAGUCCGAUUCAUUGAACGACCAAGCCCAGUUACAGUUUGCCUGCUCCAAUGCUCCAGAUCCAACCACAACGACAUCCCAAAUUAAUUUCGUUGCUCCGCGAACGCAACCUCCCCAGCCGCUUUCAGCGGUAUCUAAUGAAAACAAUGGCAUCCCGCACACGGUCCCCAUCGUAUCGACGACAAUCCAUUCUAAUCAGAAUCAAUCAGCACGCAGUAUGCAGCUUGCUUCUGAUCCGAUAGAGAUGGAAGUGAAACAAUCGACGGUGAAUAUGAGAGAAGAAUGUGCACUAGUGAAGAAGGCCCCCGUCGUCGUCGUCAGUGUUGAACGCAACGCUGUUUCUGAAUGUAUUGUUUUUGACCCCGGCGGAGCUGCUUUGUAAAGACUACCACACCGUCUGCAUUGCACAGUGGUACAGAGAGAUGUUAUUGAGGAAAUUUAAUGCAAGAAUUGAAAUGUAUAUAGAUUCGAAAAGUGAUGAGAUAGUUAGUUACCAGUUUCACGGGGGGGAGAAUGUUGCGACGGUAUCGCGUGUAUUUGAGUGAAACUGGCAACUGUCCUAUCCAAUAGGAAUUAAUUGGAUGUGAAUGUACAUAUUAGAAUUGUAAGGAGAUUUAGUGUUAAGUUGAGCGUUGAGUGGAAGAGUUCGUUAGUGAUUAAGAAACUGUCAUGUAAGUUAAUUUUAAGUAAAACCAUGUAAAUAAUUAAAAUGAAUUCUUUUAAAUAUAGCAUUGAAGCUGCCGUAAUCAAACGCUGCUCUCGAUAUGUGUUUCCCUAAUCCCGAAGAAACUCGCGCCAACAGAGGGUGUCAAAAAUCGUAAAAAAAACACUACGUCAUUUACGGACGACUUUUUGAAAACUCUCCCGCAUUCUCUUUACACUCUUUAUAUGCACCAUUACGAGCAUUCCUGCAGAUCUAAAUGAUCUGAGUUCCAGAAUGAUUUAAACAAGUAAACAGGUUUCAAUCAAUCCUGACAACUUAUCUUUAUAGAGCAAAGCCAAAAAAUCAUCAUUAGACCGAAACACAGUUCCCAGCGAAACACCGAAUCCCACUCCCGAGAUACUCCUAAAAUGUGGAUUCUUCCUUCGGAAGGGAAGUAAAGCGUGGGUCCCGAGAUGAACUUGCCUAGCCUAUGGUUAAAAAUCUCGUUAAUACAGACAAAAAAAAAGUUGGAUGAGGACGGUCAAAACC